CCUUACUAUAUCAACUUAGUACUGACCCUUCAACAUUGAUCGGCCCCAUCAGACUUUGGUCUAUUUGUGCAUCUUUUGCUUUCAAAUAUUCAGCAUUGCACAAAUCCACAUCUCGUAUGUUGCUAUAUGGGUAUUUAAACAUAGACCAGUUGAUCGACGCAGCGCCACGAUCCACCACUUUACUCAUUUACUCCCCCCUCUGCGGCGGACUCGAUCCCCGAAUGGAACGACUCCGACUUACUCCAAAAUCUCAUGAGAUUACUCCGCCGGCCUGAUGGAUGCGGACCAUUGUCACUUGAAGUCGAGGAUCUGGUAAAAAUGGUUGUCGACGAAGACGCAUCACUAGACAGUCGAGGAAAUGCCGACCCAUGCUCCUGCAGGAGCCGCUUGAUAUCUGAUUCAGCCAACCCAGCGUUGUUGGCUGCUUGAAUAGCAUUUGCGCCAUUGGCAUCAGUGAGGCGAGGGUCCGCUCCGUGGGAUAGCAGGGCUUGAUCAUCCCAAUCUUGCGCGAGCUUCUCGCGACAACCUGGAUUGCGGCGAGCAACGGAGUACACACGUUGGUACAACUUGCGUAGGGAGACAACAUCGGCCCUCGCCUUGUCUGAUGGCAGAUGUUGGUGUAGGCUCCCUCUUCUAAAGGAAACCGAACCAUCUUUUCGUUCCCCAUCUCGCAAGCCAUGAAUAGAGCCGUCUUGCCCGAGUUGUCGAUGACGUCCAGCAAAAUAGAGGUAUUGUUGAGUAGGAGCUUAGCCACGUUGACACCCCCCACCUUGCUUUGGCACCGAUGUAGUGGACUCAGCCCUGUGCUGUCACGGACGUCGGCUCGAGCACCGUUUUGCAACAGCAGGCCAACACAAUCGCGGUUUUUCGUUGACGCCACAAAUAGCAGCGGCGUCGGGAUACCAGGGUCGCCGCCAGUUUCGAGACUGGCAACAUGCCCUACCAUCCGCCUCAGAACAUCUACAUUCUCAUCUUGAAUUGCUUUGUGGAGCGGCGAUGUACGACUUAUGAAAUCGCAAGUUUCAAACCGAAAGCCGCUCGACGUGUCGAUGUCGAAGCUGCUUUCUCGACACCAGGCCAAGGCCUGAGACAGUUCUCUCAUUGCCGACGGUCUUCUGGGGCCCGGAAUGUCUUCUGACUCUGGAGGUGAUGCUGGGCGACUCGUCAAGGGUAUGACGGCGGUGUUUACCCGGACUUCCACCCCUCGUGGUUCAUCGAGAGCUCCGUCAAGUUGCAAGGCUUUGAUAUACAAGUCAGCCGUUUCUUGUACUAAGUUAGUUGACUGGCAUAGGAUCCUGGGUCUUUCGACCCUUAAGAGCCCGACUGAGAAAUGUCUCGGCCUGUUUGAGGUUUCCAAGUUUGAUGUAGAGGCAUCCAAGAUCGUGGUACAAGCGGCUACGCCUCUCUACAUCUCUGAACCCAUCAGGCUGCUUGACCUCCUUCUUGUAAGAGCUUUUGAAGUACCGUUUUCGCCUCUAGGGUCACCUCUUCUGUCUCACUUCUCAAAUUGAUAUCGGCCAGUUUCUCCUUCAUGGCAGCUUGCUCUGCAAAGUUGAACUCGAGGUCAUAGCCAGGGCGGCUCAGCUGUUUCCGGAUUUCUAUGCCCCUCUUCUAGUACAACGACGCACGUAGGAAGAUACCGCAGUUCACCAGGCGAUUAACGAUUUCCUCGUUCGCGUCGUACUGAUGGCUCAAGAAGUCUUCACUUAGACCAUCGGGAUGAUCGGGCUCGGGAUCCCAGUCAUCCGAUUCAACGUCCCCGAGUGUCGCCGGUGGUGAUCCGAUGUGAGAUUCCAGGAUGUUUCGUCCUGUUUGUGCCCGAGACGAGGCUUUCGGGGGGGACGAGGCGUUUCCCUCGCCGGUUUUCUUUAGCCAGAGUCAAUUUCGAGAGCCAGGUUGCCCAAGGCGUUCUCCUGAUGAAAAGAACGUAGGACUUCACGCCAGUCUGCAUGGGGCAUGUACAAGUCAAUUUGUAGUCCAACGUCGAUCAUUCACCGAAAGGAUCUGGAUGACGGCCUCGUGCAUGGCUUGCCAUCUGAUAGUGCUCUGCCAGCUGAGGGAAGAGUCUUGGUUCCUGACUGGUAGUCUGCGUCGUCCCGCAGUCAUUGCCAAAUGGCGAGUCUUAAAUGAACGAAACCACCCGGCAAUCGUUGGACUGAUCUCCGGGAGGGACGGGCCUGGCCCGUGACCGAUCUCAGCCUUGGGUUAAUUUCCUCUGAUACCACUUCAUCACCGAAACGAAUUCCUCGGUAUUCACCUCACCGCCUGGUUCGUCCAUCGAAGACCCGUCGUUUUAAAAUGGACACCGUUGGAAAGGUCGAAUUCCACUCUGGCCAAGAGCGGCUGGCUAAGCAGGCUCUUCGUCGCCGGAUAAAUGACCGAGCAGUCAUCGAGAACCCUCUCGCUGACUACACGGAUGACCAACUGGAAGCGGAUGUCAGGUCAUUCGCCCAGACAACCAUGCACGUUGACACGAAGUCCCUUCUCCGAGCCGCACGCGUGGCUAGGCCGGUCAGACUGUACGACGAAGUGGUCAGAAACCCCAGCGAGAGGUGCCGGCAGAGAGCUCCCAGGCCAAUUGACGGCGGAGGAGAAACGGGCGCUUGUACGUGA